UAGCACGUCCACGCCCUAAAAGCAAGACGCCUAACCAAUCAUUGCUACCGCGUGGAGCAUCACGGGAACUCCGGGGCUAUAAAAGACCCGGUUGCUAUUUUAUGCUUUCGGAGUCACUCAUCCUUUAAGUAAGCAGGGUGGGGCCGGGUGCGCUUGCGCGGUUUUAAUACUCCUCCCCAAACUGCCAACUCUUCGCGCAAGCGAGUUAGGGCCCCUCCGCUUUUUAUUACGCGUGCGCACUGGUGAUCCUAACCCGGAAGACCAUACGCCUGCGUGGUAGGGACUGCGGUGACAGUACCCCGGGAGGGGCGCGGGCCAGUCAUGGCGGAACCUUGGUCUGGGCAGUCUUUGCAUGCUUUUCCGGCCACGGUGCUGGGCGCGCUGGGCGCCCUGGGCAGCGAAUUCCUCCGAGAGUGGGAGGCGCAGGACAUGCGCGUGACCCUUUUCAAGCUGUUGCUGCUCUGGUUGGUGUUAAGUCUCUUGGGCAUCCAGCUGGCUUGGGGUUUCUACGGGAACACAGUGACCGGGUUAUAUCACCGCCCAGGUCUGGGUGGCCAGAAUGGAUCCACACCCGAUGGCUCCACGCAUUUUCCUUCGUGGGAAAUGGCAGCAAAUGAACCUCUCAAAACUCACAGGGAAUAAGAGAAGGCAGCAGAAGAGUCUCAAGAGGCAUCAUGAGGUCUGCUGGCUUUUGCAAUGGGUCCUGCUGCUGCUACCCAGACCCCAGGGACAACUGCAGGGGGUUUGGGAUUGGGGGUAGAGUACCCCAAUGCUUUCAGGACUGGGCCUCCAUUACAUUCAGACUUGCUUCCAACUGUCCCAGGUACUGGGCAAGUAAAGAGUUUUCCUCUACCCUGAUACGGGUGCCUUAAGGAGAGAAGACAUGUUGCUUCUCUCUCUGGUGUCAGCUCAGGAGAAAUCUUUGGGUGGGAAAGCCAGUAGUCCCUUUUCUGUCUUAUCUUUUUCCUUUCUCCCUUCUUAUCCUUCUGGGAUGUGACCCCAUAGUGAUAUACCACUCUAAGAAGCCAGAGGUUGACCAGAUCUGAGAUUUGUAAGGAAAAUCAUCACUCCCUGAAGCCCUCAAUUUCCUGAAUUUCUUUGGUUUUGCUUUAUUGGCAGAGUACCAGGUAAUCCUGGCCUUUUACUCUAUGGUUACUUAGCUGGCCAUUUAAGUAGAAGGCAGAGUAUCCCUGCUGGCACCGUCCACAUUUAAGCACCAAAUACCCAUCUCCUUCACCCAACCAGAGCUCUCCACGUAUGAACCAGGCAAAGGAAAUUGUCAUUUAUCAUCUGUCCUCAUGUCUCUGCACUUCUUGGGAGAAAGUUGGGUGCCUGAAAGAGAGACCACAAGCUGAGCCCCUGGGUUGGCUUCCCACUCAUAUUAUUUAAAUACCCAUGGGAUCUUGGGUCUAUACCCGCCCCCAUAGGAAAGUACUAAGCACUUAUAGUAUAGUGACUUCCUCAUGCCUUGCAACUUAUGAUUUUCCACCUUAAACUAGAUUAGGGGCCUCAUCCUAAGAGCCACUAGCACCAUCUCAGCCCCUAGAAAUCCUCAACAGGAAAGAGCCACAAGCCAGGCAACCCUGGCCUCUUUACAGUGGGCCAG